AUGACUACCAGUAUAACAGAUGCACGAUAUAAUGUCAUUCACCACACCCCUUCUUACACCUCAUCAUUGUUAUUCGAUGAACCUGCAGAGACUGGAUGGUCAGUAAUGCCAGGAUUUGACGAAUCGCUAUCAAUUCCUCCCCAUUUGGAACCGCCCAGAUUUGAUACAGAUGAGACAUUACCAAGUCAAAUGCAUCCUUCUUAUCCUUAUGGCAGACCGCUUAGUCUGGGUAAGAAGGGUAGUAAAGGAAGAGGAGUUGGGAACUUGUUAGGGACAAUAGGAAGUGGGAUGGAUAUGAGAGGUGGGGAAUGGAGAGGGAGAGGAGAACGAUGGGAAGAAUGGGGCUUGGAAGAUGUUAAAGAGAAAGAAGGUAGAAGAGAAGUACCCCCAGGUAUGGCCGGAGCUAAACGACCUCCUUCACCUCCUUCACCAGCAUUACAUCCCUCUUCAAUACCUGCGCCAAGAUCAAUACACCUACGUAGGCUGAUCGAGCGCCAGAGAUCUUCGCCCGUAAUACCAAACGAGGGAUUUGACGCUCCCGUCCCAAAUGAGACAUACGACGAACCACAAUCACCCAACACGAACCAUCAACGACAAGGUCAAAUGACAAAUGAGCAACAGACAGUACAGAUUGGUACUCUGGGACAGAACAGGAGAGAGGGAGGAAGGACGUCAGCAGAUGACGAAAUCGAGGCCAGUGACGAGGAGGGCGGAGGGGAUGUGGAUUAG